GACACACCUGAACACAAAGUCAGUGUGUUAUCGGACAAGUACGGUUUUAAUAGUGUACACUAAGUCUUCUAUAGUGGGUUCAUUUUUCAAGUCAUGUUUUGUGGCGCGAGGCGCUGACGGGUUGAGAAGUGGCGUUGGUUCCCAUGACACCCAAACGCAUCAGCUGCGUUCACUGGUCCCUCAAAAAAUCACUUCCUGCUGUGCUCGUUUUUAAAAAAAAUCUAAAAGGUUCACUGCGCACAAAUAUCGUUGCCAUUUGAAAUAUAAAUAUGUCUCUGUAUUUCGAGUUAGUACGGAGAGACGAAGAAGUGCUGAGGCUGAAUUCAUACGUCGGAGAAUACAUAUCUACAUAUAAUCUCGUCGAUGAUCUAAAACAUGUCAACACCAGCAUGAAUCGUGACCUUGUGGAAAUAUUCAGGGAGAAACUAGACAACCUCACCAUCUCAGAUUACCAUGGCCUGAACGGUCCAGGCCUCACAUGCUAUUUGAACAGCGUGCUCCAGGUUCUGUUCAUGACCGAAGACUUCCGGGGUUCGAUAAAACGAUGCUGUAGCAAAGCUCCAACAGCCAUUGACGCGCUGCUGGGAAAACUGUUCGACGACUUGGAGAGAAGUUUGGCUUGGACGCAUUGCAUCGCCAAGAAGCUGGGUAUCACAGAUGUGUACGAGCAACGCGACGCUGCAGAGUACUUCGAGAAGAUCCUCUGUCUGACCAGCCCGGAGGCGUCCAAGAUAUUCAAGGGAGAGCUGAACCAUAAAACCACGUGCGUCACUUGUGAGAAGAGGAACGACUCCAGGGGCUUCUUUUGGAUUCUGCCACUAGCGAUGGGAAAUUCAUGCCGUCAAACCUACAGCGUGACGAGAGGGUUGAAGGCGUUCUUCAAGAAAGAAAAAGUCUCCGGGGAAAACAGGAUUUACUGCAGCCAGUGCGACGAAAAGCAAGUCACGGACAUUGACUGUGAGAUGACACAGAAACCAGGGAUCCUGACGCUGCUGCUGAAGAGAUUCACCUUCGACUACAAGUGCCAAAGCUAUGUCAAGCUUCAGUGCGAAGUUGAUGUGCCCCAAACUUUGCACAUGGAGAACUGUAAAUACGACCUCUACGCUUUAGUUAACCACUUUGGUGAUCUCACAGGAGGUCAUUACACCGCGGAAAUCAAAUCCUUUGAGACCGGGGAGUGGUACUGCUUCAAUGAUGACAUUGUGGAAAGGGUCAAACAGCCACUAUUCGGGUCUGGAAACACGCCUGUGAGGUCCUGUUCAGCAUACCUUCUCAUGUACAGGAAGGAGAGCACAUUUUUUGACGAAGUCGACCAGGAGGCUCAAUGUGCAGGGUCCGGCGUCGAGGCUGAAGGACGCCUCGACAAGUCCGGGCCAGACGAGGCUCCUGCUCCUCAUCGUACGCCGGAGGACGAAAGUGGCAGCGGAGGGGAAAACUUGAGACAGCUGAAUGGCGACGCGUUUAAGAAGAGCGGCGUUCACUCUUCUGGGGAACUGGAGCAGAGAGCGGCAUGCGUGAGACCACACAAAGACACGUUGCUCCGAAGGCACUCCGAAACAGACGGAGAACUUUAUUACGAACCGAAUUGGCUGACGCCUUUUUCAAAGACUCAAAAAGAUGGAGGACACAAUGAGCUUAUAACCAACUCGGGGCGCAUGGCGACGCACUCUGUCGACCGCGCGAUGGAACCAAACCACAAUUCCCCAAAGAAAAGACUCAAGCUUGAAGAUGUUUCCUGGGACACAACAGGACUAGACGCCAUUAUUCCAACGACUGGGACAAAAACAAAAUGUGCGACUGAUGGUCGCCAAAGAGUCAAACCAGCUGAAAGUAAAGGUGUGGGAAAUGAAAGUUUGGUGCUGGCCGAGGGAAUCGUAGAAGGAAAGGGUAUCAAACAGAGAACAGAGGCCGAUAUUGGUGCAAAUUCUGAUUCUGUUGUACAGUCGUGUCGCAGUUACCCCAGUGGCUGCUCUCCCUCCACAGCUCAGUACCUGACGAGGCCUUUGCCCAAUAACUGGCGAGCGAACGAUUCCACCGACUGUCGCCUUUCGUCCAGCCAAGGCAGAAAUUCAGGCAGCGUGAAGAGAAGCAAAGAGAAAAUGCUGCCUGAAGGCUGCAGACUUGUGACCGUUCAAACUGCGGCGAUGGGCGAAAAGACCGUCGGUGAGAGGAGGACGAAAAACGCCAAAAAGAGGGUGUCAAACACACAAGAGCCGUGGAGGUGAUUAAACGAUGAGGGAUGAUAUCUUUCGUUUUUUAAGUGACAAUUGGUUUGAUUCUCUUAACGAAUCUGAAGAGUUUAUUAGUUCUACUUGUAUUAUAUUUGUGCUUUUUAAAAUAAGGAUCCACGACAGUAUAUCUGCAGCGAGACCCGCGCAGACACCGAUGACUGCCGAUCGAGCGUUGCCACCGACUGACCAACGAACUGUGAUCAGGGAGUUUAUGUAUUUUUAUUGUACGUGCAUGCGUUUGUGUGCAGGUCGACACCGUUUCACAGUGACAGCGAUGUCCUGGUAUCAAGAAGCACAUGUGAUAAUAAGUAUUCCUCGUGUUGCAUGUCUCUUUCCUAGAAAGUACAUUCAGUCGCAAGCAUGGAAGGGCAGUAUUUGGGGAAAAUCCGCAAAUUGGAAUUCUGGAUUUAUGAUGGAAAAUGAAACAUAACAACUGCUGCAGUUAUUAACAAUGACACAAUUUUUUUAGAGAAAUAUCAAAUAGUCAUCAAAAAGAAUGUCGCCCCCACACAUUCAAUGGAGCAAAAUUAACCAUCAUUAUGUGUAAUUUUAUUUAUUAUUUCAUGGAAAAUUGUAUAGAAGGGUUCAAAAGGUUUGUCUCACAAAAAGAAUUAGAAUUUGAAUUCCAUUUUGUGGAGUUGAUGCUGACUGUAUAAUUAAUCAUAAAUAUUGGGAGGUAUUUCUGUUGCCGGUGUCAUUGUUUUUGUUAAAAAUGUGACUCCAUUUUUUUAUUUAUUUAAUAAAUAUAUUUUGAAAUUAAAA